AAAAAACAAUAUGAGUAAAUUCCAGUGAAUUCCACUUUAAUUAAUAAAAUUAAAAAAAAAAAUGGGUUUUACACUUUCGGAACUUUGGAUGUUAUUAGGAUGUCUUCUAAUGAUUGGUUUAGUAAUAUAUGACUUUUUGGAAUGGAUAACAUUAAUGACAAUUGGCAGCAACAUAUCAAUUAAUUCUUCACCAUCCGACAUAACCAUAAACACAACAUCCAGACUUGAUGAAUGGGAAAGGAAAAAUCCAGUUAUCAAACAAGAAAUUAUUGUUGAGGAAACAAAUCAAUUUCCGGUUGAUAUAGCAACUCGUCGAGUAACAGUUAUAGAAAUUAGCGAGCCGUUAAAAUGGCACGGAUACUCGGCUCAACCAGUCGCCAUGACAAUGACUAAUGAUGGACGCUCGAUCGUAGUACGGGGCUUUUGGUCAAGAGGAGUGCGGCCGUGUAUUGCAGGCGGGCCAUUGAAGGGCUCGUAUCACUUAAAUUCAAUAGUCUUUAAUUGGGGAUUAUCCGAUGAUAAUGGCAGCAAACAUUCCAUAAACCGUACGCAGUUUCCACUUGAAAUGCAACUGAUUCACCUCAAAUCUGAACAUGAGAGUCUUGAAGAUGCUAUUCAGUCGGAAAAUAGAGAUUCCGUUGCUGUUGUUUCUUUUUUAUUUGAGCCGACAGAUAAUGACAACAAUACCUUGGAUCCGAUAAUAGCAAAUUUAUCACGUGUCACCAACACAAACACAAAAGUCUACGUCUCGCCAUUCUACCUCGACACCCUAUUUCCAUUAUUUGAAAGCAAAUUCUACAGCUACAAUGGAUCGUUAACGCAGCCUCCAUACUCUGAAAUAGUGACAUGGAUUAUCCAAUCAAAACUGCUCUUCGUAUCUUCGUCACAAGUAAUUGUCAUCAGCAAUUUUUACAAGCUAUUUUCUCAUCAUACCCUUUCACUAAUUCAAAUAUGCGUUCCAGAUGAUCCAAUUUCGCAAAGUUCAAUCAUACAUUCCAACAAUUUGUGA